AUGUCUGCUCCUCUUCGCUCUAUUGGCCGCGAUGGUCCCAAAGUCAGUGCCAUGGGUCUUGGCCUGAUGAGCAUUGGCGGUGCCUACGGCCAGGCUGGCCCGCUCGAUGAGACGGUCGCAUUCUUGGACCACGCACACACCACUGGCCAGCGAUUCUGGGAUACCGCAGAUGCCUACCAGGACAGUGAAGACAUCAUCGGAGAAUGGUUCAAGCGCUCAGGAAAGCGUGAUGACAUCUUCAUUGCCACCAAGUUUGGCUUCGUUCCCGACGAGGGAAAGAUCAGCGUUCGAUCCGACCCGGAACACGUCCAGGCUGCUUGUGAGACGAGCUUGAAGAGACUUGGUAUUGAUACCAUUGACUUGUACUACUGCCACCGUCUCGACGGUAUCACUCCUAUCGAGAAGACUGUUCAGGCUAUGGUCGACCUCAAGAACCAAGGAAAGAUCCGCUACAUUGGUCUGUCUGAAUGCUCCGCCGCGACCCUGCGUCGCGCACACGCAGUUUACCCCAUUAGCGCCUACCAGGUGGAAUACAGUCCCUUUGCCCUGGACAUCGAGGGCCAGUCCGAGCUGUUGAGCACAUGCCGCGAGCUCGGUAUGUCCGUCAUCGCGUACAGCCCCAUCGGUCGCGGAAUCCUGUCGGGGCAGAUCAAGUCUGUUGAGGAUAUUCCCGAGAAUGACUUCCGUCGCAUGCUGCCCAAGUACUCCCAGGAGAACUUCCCCAAGAUCAUGGAGCUCGUCCAGGGUCUGCAAGAUAUCGCCAAGGCCCACGGCGCUACCUCCGCUCAGGUGUCUCUCGCGUGGCUGCAGGCCCAAGGGCCUGAUAUCAUCCCUAUUCCCGGCACCAAGUCCACCUCCCGCAUGGAUGAAAAUGCGGGUGGUGCGUUGCUCCAGCUGACCGAGAAGGAGGUCCAAGAUAUUCGCGAGCUCGUCAAGCGCACUGAAGUCCCUGGUCCUCGUUACCCCGAGGCACUGUGUCGCUUCAAUGGACGUGACUCCCAUGAGACUCCCCCUCUCUAG